UAUACAUGCCAUUACAUUUAUAUGUAAAAUACAGAAGUGAGGAAGCUAAUCUCAUGGAUCAGUGAAGCUGUAUAUCCAAGGUCUCACUGGUGCUUCAUCUAUUUAAACAAAUUGUUUCUAAAUAAUUGAAAGAAGUAUGCCUUUGGGACAUUAACUCCUCCACAAUAUGUUACUUCUAACUAUUUUAUUUACUUCACAUUAUUUCCUGACUAUAUCUGCACAAGAUGGAUAUCUAGGAAAGCCCCGUUUACAUGUGAUACCUGAGGGGGAGGCUCGACUUGGCAGUAAAGUGACUAUCGAGUGCAUCAGCAUCUACACUAUAGAUGGAUGUAAAUUCUAUAAAAACAGUGAGGCAUUACAGCAUCCUUCAAGCUCCUUCACUGAGACUCAAUAUACCUUUAAAAGUGCUACAGCCCUGGACGAAGGACUCUACACCUGUCAAUGCUCAGCCUACCGUAUAUUUUCUAUGAAGCACUGGGGUAGAUAUACAAGUCCACCUGCUGAUUUAGUCCUAAACAGAAAUUUAGAAAAGCCACAGAUACUUGUGAGAUGCAUGGAAGGGUCAAACACCUGCAGUAAAAUGAAGAUCGAAUGCAGAAUCAGUCACUACACAUUGAAAGAGUGCUGGUUCCAUAGACAUGGUGAAAGGCAAGCACUUUAUUCAAACUCAAGCAUCGACUCUGGGAUUCAGUAUGUCAUUCAGAGUGUUACAAUGGCAGAUGAAGGGCCCUACACCUGUGAAUGCAACAGUGUACAAGAUAAGUCUACACAGACAAGUGACUCUGUUUCUUUAUUCAUAAAGCGUAAGUACACACAGCUACAGUUACACAUUCUACUGAAGUUGUUUCUUAAUGCCCACACAUCUUUUAUGCCAACAACACAAAUGGCUAUUACUCUUGGCAUAUAA